AUGUCAGUCAGUGUGGAUCGGAUCAUUCAUACCACAGCAUUCCGUCAAACUGUGGUCAGCCAAAGCUCAUGCAAGGGCAACGUCAGCAUUGUGAAAAGCCUUUUUAACAACAACCACGUCAGUGAUUCUGGUUGGCUAGAACCCUGUCGAAACUUCAAACAGAAUUGUUCACUUCAAGGGAUACGGAAAGAACGGUUAGAUAUGGGAACGCCUUGUAGAACCAUGACCACAGGGUGCAUGACAAUCAGAUCUAGCUUUACUAUUCAAGUUGCCAACAAGAAAAUGCAGAAACAUACCCGUGAGGUUUCCUGCAAGCAAUCCGAGAACAAUCCGCACACGUAA